AUGGAGUUGCGGUCGAAGACUUUCUGCUUCAAGGGGGUCGAAAAACGUAUUUCUGGCGUGUCUCUCGCCAACCCUUUGGAUGAGCACCCGGUUAUCUCCACCCUCCUAGGUCAAAAGGACGGCAGUCGCUUCCGACGUCGCCCUUGGCCCAAGGCCUUUGUCCGUACCCCAUCUGGUGGUGCGCUCCCCGUGGGUACUCAAUGCCUUGGCCCCACUGUUCGCAGUCUCGACUUUUCUACCUUGACCUACGACUCCCUGUACGCUGCUGUUCGGGGGGUCGACGACAGUCACCGUCUGCUUGCCGCGUCGCCCUCCACUUCUAUGGCCCUUGCGGCCGCUGUUACUCCGGCCCCCUCGCCUGUCCCGUCUGUCGACUUCCCCUGUGACAUCUGCCAGAGUCCGACCCAUUGGUCCCCUGCCUGUCCAGAGCGCCACGCUCCCGACGCCCGUGCUAGGCAAGAAGCUAGGAAAUGCGACUCUCAACUUUGCAAUGGUGCCCCGGUGGAGCAUACCGAUUGGAAUCUCUGGCAAGGUAGUAAGGAAGAUGAGGUGAUGUGCCGAAAGCUAGGAAUAGCAUUACUGCCAACGGGGACAACUACUGCUAAUGAAGAAGACACUCGUUCUCCCGGUGUUGAACCUGUGGGAGACUUCAGUCAACCAAAAUCAAAGCAACAUGGCGCCAAAGUAGGGGAGAGGGCAACUCUGACCCGACCAGCUUACGAGGAGGCAAAGAAAACGCUUGGGAAACAAGAUCUUCGAGCUCGUCUUCUCAAAUAUGAGUUGUUCUCCACUGUCAUACAGCGCAUAUUGCAAGGGUGUUAUGUCAAGGACUCAAUGGCGUCUAGGAUUCGUCAUCGACGUGGCGCUCAGAUAGGUGUUGACCCCACGCUUCCCCCGUCCUCUUUCAACAGCCGCUGGCCUCGCAGCAUCGCCGCCGCAAAGUACUCCCUCGUGGUUUGCCUUAACCCCGUCAGCCUUGACAACCUCGCCAAGGCGUACAGAUCGAUCCUCGCCGUCUUUGCGGCAGAGGUCAGCGACGGCGCCCCCUCGCCCUACCAGAUCACACCCAACGGCAUUAGUGUCUAUGGGAACAAAUUGGAGUUCCGCUCCAAGGUCUUCAUGUUUGCCAGUCGGGGAAACGACUACUCUGGCGAGACCUUCAGGGAGUUUGUCGGCGCUUGUCCUGCCUGUCAAACUUCCAAUUCUACUACACAGAAAACUCCUGGUCUUCUGCACCCCCUCUCGGUUCCAACCACGAAGUUCGCAGAUAUCGGCAUCGAUUUUGUUGGUCCACUCCCAGAAUCACGCGGUUUCGACUACCUCAUCGUCAUUACCGACCGACUCACCGGCUGGGUCGUCCUAAUCCCCACGGUUACCACUCUCAAUUUGUUCCCGACCUCGAGGGGCCCGUCGUCCCUGCCCCAUGGCCUAACAGCUCGUAGAAUACGUAAUUGGCUCCUCUUGGAGCGUCGGAACGGCCUUCCCCCGUACAGGCGUUGGGGCAGCCUUCCCCCCUCCAGCCGUCAGGCCAGCCUAGCUCUCUCCAGGCAUCCGGUCAGCCUUCCCCACCCCAUCCCUGUCAUCCUGGACGGCACGGGGCACCGUCGUCGCCCUUGGCCUAGGGUUCAAGUCCGUGGCCCCAGCGUGGACCCGCUGUCAACAGACCAGGAAGCCCACUACGAGGCGGGCUUCCACUCUCUACAGUAUCUUCCCGACGACGUCGUCCUCUCGGUAGCCUUCAACAUUGAAGGCUAUCUCAUGGAGUGUUACCGAAAGCGACAAGAAGGGCAACGAUCACUCUUCAAGAGCCUAGGUUUCGCGCCAUCGGGCCCCACGAGACUGAAUUGCGACAAUAAGUCGACAAUUCACUUCGCAUCCCAUCCAAGUGCACACCAACGCACAAAGCACAUCGACAUCAAGUAUCACAAGAUACGCGAGUGCAUCGCGCAUGAAUCGAUUGUUAGUGAGGAGACUGAGAAGAUUGAGCGCGUGGAUGUGGGCAAGUUCUUGGCUAAAAUACGUCAGCUCAUUGUUAAGCGUACCGUCAAGGCCGUACAGGGCCGGCUGGACACGCUACGCAAGGAUUUCGUGAUCCUGCGCCACCUUCGCGAACAGUCCGGGUUCGGGUGGGACCCGGAGCUUCAAGUCGUGACGACGGACGAGGCGGUAUGGGAGGAUAUGCCCAAGAAAUACCGCGUUUGGAAGAACGUGCCGUUCCCCUACUACGACGUGAGCUCCGAGCAACGACAGCUCGGUGAGGGUGGGGGAGAUCUGGCCUUUGAAGGAGAAUGGGAGUCGGAUCAUGAGGGGGAAGAGGAGGAAGUUGAAGAGGACCCUUCUCGGAGAGCAAAAGUCGCCAAGGAUUACAGGCUUUGCAAGGACGGGAGUGUCGAGACGCUUAAAAAGUUGACCGCCGCUGGCCGGCUGAUCAUGAUGAAGGCCGGCAUCAUGACUUUGGACAAGACAUUCCUCGAUUGGAAUAAUGGUAAUUUUCAACAAAAGCUCAACACCGAGCAUUAUCAAAAAAAGGAAAAUGCAAAUACCUCUCCCCUUCCUCGCACCCCUUCUCUACCCCCCUCAUCCCCCCGACCCUCCACACCCCCACUCCCGCCUCCCGUCACCACCACCAUUGACAAAGUGACGGUACACAGGCAUUCCACCCUGUCCCGAUGGGACUCUUUCCCACCCUAUUUGAUCCAAGCCAUUCACCAAUUCUGGGCUUCGGUAUCCGCCCCACCCCUCCGUCAACACAAGCCCCGUGCCUUGGCCAAUUUACCGCCUCCGGUGUAA